AUGCAUCCGAACCUAGUACCGCUGCUCGGGUACUUUGAGCCCAAGCAGAGCGAUAUGCAGGACGGCACCGUGCGUCUCAGCGCCACGAACACGGUACCCAACGCCGCGAGCAUCAUCGAGUACUGCAACAUCGUGCAUGCCACCGACAUUCCGCGGCCUGUCUACUUUCGGAGGACGUUUACCAUCUCGUCGAUUCUGGCGCUCGCGUUCAGCGGGUCGGCGCACUACAUGUGCACGCACUUGGCGUCGCUCUUGGAGCUUGUACAGAGCCGACACUUUUGGUUUACCAUGUCCAUGGGGGUCUAUGCCAUCUCCGUCGGCGGGCUCGUCUUCUCGGCGACAACCGCGCUACCGCCGCUCCACCCGGGCGAGCGCAUCCCGUGGUUUCACCCGCACUUGCACCAGCAGUACCUCGGCGAGGCUCUCAUCGUGAUCCUUCUCAACGGCGUGACCGCCUACUGCCUCGUCAAGCUCCUCGAGCACAAGCCGGCGCGGGCAAGUGCGGUUGGAAGCGAGAGCCUCCAUAGCCUUGCACCCCUCCUCUCGCUCAAGACGCUGCACCAAACGGCGUCCAAUGCAUUUCACUUGUCGAUUCUUCUCUACACUCUCUCGCUGCUGUGCUGCAUCUUUGAGACCAAGUACCCGCACUACUCGGUGUGGGCGACGCUCCCGAGCUUUCUCCAAAGCUGGGUGCAGCUGGCCUACGUAAGUCCUAUUUGGGGCUGGUUCUUUCAGCUGCUCGAUAAACUCCGCGUCUGGCUCUUACGACCACUCUAA